CAUUCAUUUGCUUGCACAGGCCUUACAUCGAACUCAACUGAAGUUCCAAGUUACAUUGUAACGAUAGCUAGCAAGUCCAUUCUUAACAAAGAUUUUUCACCAAGCCUGCUGUCAAGAUCGUCGUCGGAUUCGAUUGGUUUGCAACUCACGAGAUAUCUUUAAAUUAGAUUAUUUUUUAAUUUAUAGAGAAUUGGGGGGUUUAAGCUGAAUUCCUUACUAGCUCAGGUUACUUCUAUUUCGCGAGCUAACUUCCCAUCCAACUAACCUUAGCUAGCUGGCUGAUGUGGCUAGGUAGUAUUAGCCACCUAGCUAGCUAACGUUAGCUAUUUGGUGGAGUACUGUGUGUUAGCCACAACGUUAUCAGAUUUGCAUUAGCGAGCUAGUUGGGCAGGUGUCCAAAAUACCCCGUGCGUGAUGUCCAGUGAGAUACUGAUAUUAGGCAACUAACUUGAUGUUUCCAGGUUAUGUUGAAGCAUUUACGUAAAUAACGUUAGCUACUAUUUGAGACCUGUUCGCCUAACGUUAACGCCAGCUAGCAUAGCCUGCAAAGUGCAGCUGCUGCUAUUUGUCGUCAGCCAAUUAGCUGUUGUUAGCUAGUGAGCCCAAAUCUGUUGAGUUUCAUUGCUGACGUUUAACGUUAGUUGUGACAAUGCCUGCCAUGCUAGAUAAAGGUAGUACUGAGAUGUCUGGUAAAAGAAGGGGUAGGAAUUCUGUUAGCCACCCAACUAAAAGUUUCGCUGCAAAUGGAAACAGUAACAAUUCAUGGGAAGAAGGAAGUUCGGGAUCUUCAAGUGAUGAUGAACAUGGUGCAGGGGGGAUGAGAGUCGGCCCACAGUACCAAGCGAACGUUCCAGAUUACGAUCCAGAGGUGGCAAAGGCCAGUCAAGAGAGAGAGAAUCUCGGCAUGCUGGUUUGGUUUCCUAAUCACAAUCUGGCAGAAGCAAAACUGGAUGAAUACAUUGCAAUUGCCAAAGAGAAGCAUGGGUACAAUAUGGAGCAGGCUCUGGGGAUGCUCUUUUGGCACAAGCAUAAUAUUGAAAAGUCUCUGGCGGACUUGCCCAACUUCACGCCUUUCCCUGAUGAGUGGACAGUGGAGGACAAGGUCCUGUUUGAGCAGGGCUUCAGUUUCCAUGGCAAAACAUUCCACCGCAUCCAGCAAAUGCUGCCAGACAAGUCCAUUGCCAGCCUUGUGCGUUUCUACUACUCCUGGAAGAAGACGCGCAGCAAAACCAGUGUGAUGGACCGACAUGCACGCAAGCAGAAGAGGGAGAGGGAAGAGAGUGACGAGGAGGUGGAGGAGAACAGCUGCAUUUCCCCAGGAGAUGCAGAGUAUGAGCCCAGCAAGGAGGAGAGGAAGGAGGUAAAGAGUUUGGGGGCAGGAGUAGAAAAAUCAGAGGCAAAGUCAUCAGUCCCUCAAAAGCCGGCAGGCUCUGGGGAAAAACCCGCUCACUUGAAGAAGGAGACUCCGGGCCCCACGGGUAAGAAUCUGCACCGAGCCAAGAAGAAGCCGCCCAAGGGCAUGCACCUGAUCCAGCGCGACGUAACCGCCAUGUCCAGCAGCUCGCCUGCCGCCACAGGCGUCCUCCGGCAGCUCGACAUGGAGCUGGUGGCCAUUAAACGCCAGAUCCAGAGUAUCAAGCAGACCAACAGCACACUGAGAGAGAACCUGGAUUCUGGAGUAGAGGACUUCAGACCAUCUGAGGUCACCCAGAAGUUCAACACCCGCUGGACAACAGAAGAGCAGCUGCUGGCUGUUCAAGCAAUUCGUAAGUACGGCCGGGACUUCCAGGCCAUCUCCGACGUGAUCGGCAACAAGUCUGUGGUCCAGGUGAAGAAUUUCUUUGUGAAUUACCGGCGACGCUUCAAUCUGGACGAGGUGCUGCAGGAGUGGGAGGCGGAGCAUGGCGUGGAGAGCAGCGACGGGGCAAAGAACAGCGAGGAAGAGAAGAUGGAGGUCACGCCAGAGGACGGUACCACCACCCCAGUCCCACCUGAAGAGCAGAAAAAGGAGCCAGCAGCUGCAGACACACAGGCCCCCCAGGCAUCCUGAACCCUUGAGAACUCAACCCAUUCAUUCCUACAGAGCUGCAGUUUGGAAGGAGAGAACGAGAGAAACAGCGAGAGAGAGACAUCUCUCGGCAGACCUGUGCUGUGUCUUUAAAACUGGACCCCCCCAGCCCCUGACUUCCUCACCCACCUAUCCCCUGCUCCUGCUCCACCGGCCAGUCCCGUGUGGCAAAGGACCUUCAGUAGCUGCCUCUGCACAGGAAGGGGACAUAAAAAAAAAACCCAAACAGAUGCAAAGCGCCUGGCCAGGCCAGCGCUCCCGACUCUAUCUCUGUGCACUUUACCCCUCGAGUGCCCACGCCACCUCCACCACAUCCAGGUUUUCACCCCCCCCCAACCACGAUACUGCCCUCGAUGCUGCCUCGCUCUCUUUGUUUGCCCUCGACUCCACGCCAUGCAUCCUACGCCUGACGCCUGUCCCAUGUGACCCUAAGCCCUAAUAAUGGGGGCGAUGGCGUAUACUGCUGCUUCUCUAUUUGUCCAUCGUUCACCCAAUAACUCAACAUGUGCGAGUUUCACAUCCAGCUCAUCUCAUGCUAUCUUGGCCAUCACUAGAAAAGGCAAGCCUAAUGUAUGACGUCAUCGCGUAAAACUGUAAUGUGUGGUUUGUCGUCAUCAUCCAGCAUCUCUCAUUUCUCAAGAACUUCCUCAAGACGGCUGUUCUGAGUAUAUUUAACUGGAUUGUAAGAUUUGAUGUUUGCCAUUGGGCAUAUUAUGAAAACAAUAGUUAUACAUUUCUCAGGCAGUCCACAGUGCCUGUAAUUUAUAUAUAAACUCUAAAUUUAUUCAAUAUUUAAUUCUUUAUUUGAAAAUUAUUGCUUGGUUAAAUAAUUGGAAAUGGGCAUUGUUGAGGACAGUGUGGCCUCCAAUGUAAUAUAAUGCUUACAGUUAAUUAUAAAGAACCGUUUUAUCAUGCUUUUUAUGAUGCACCUCUAAAAUGAUGCCCCUUGUUAUUGGACUUAUAUGUCAAUACGCAGAAGAGAUCAUGUGAAGUCUCAGACCUGGGACACUAGUUGGAAAAAGGAGUGUGUGCGUGUGAGGAAACUAACAAUAGGGUGAACUGGACACAUAUGAACACUCUGGAGAUAAACCAACAUUGUCCGGGACCCUUAAUACAAGCGCGCUGAAGUCUGACAUCCCAACAACAGUCUGAGCAGCUUUCAGGGGCUGUUGAAGCUGUGAUGCUUUCGGUUAUUUUCUAUUACUGUCUUCUGUCUUCUGCCCCCCCCCCCCCCCCCCCCCCCCCCUUGGUAUUUUAAUUCUCAGAUAUUGAAGUUGUUGAUAAUGACCUAUGUAUCAUAAUACCAGUCAGUUUCGUGGUUAACAUGUGGAAUUGUUUAAGGGAAGCACAGGGCAGACAUGUUGAUGUAAGCUGAGCGCCAGCCUACACUGCCAUUCCCUCAUCACCAUGCCGCCCAUAGGCCAAAGGUCUAUUGUGUGCUGCUAUCCAGACACGUUCACCAAAACACAUACGCCUAUAUUAAUCGAACACAUACAUGCAUGUGCUCUUCAUGAAUAAUGAUCACCAUUCCCUUACCAAAAGAUACUCAAAGGAGAUCCUCUAUACUUGCUAUGUUAAAACCAAAGUAUUGAAACAUUUCCUUCCUGCUGUGAAGUACAUUUUAUUUAAUUUCACCCCCCCCCCCCCCCCUUCCCUUCCCAGUUUUUGUAUCAUGGACAGUUAUUUCAUAUACAGGUGGUUUUGAAUUUCUUUCUCAGUCACACUAGCGUUGUAAUUGGUUGACAGUCACCUGAUUGGUAAGCGAAGCAGAUGGUGUCGUUCAAAUUCCUUGAGUCAUUUUCAGAGUUCUGUGGACAGAGUAGCCACAUCAUGACACUGCAGCAAGACAGGAACACGUCAUGGCCGUUUCUUUUAAAGGGUGAUGAAAGGUGGCCCUCUUCAAAUAUGGCCUUUAAACAGUGGUGGCAGACAAUGUACACACUGUAGACUGCUUAGGUCUGUUUUUAUUAUGUUUUGUAUUUCUUAAGUUAUUGUUUUGCUGUCUGCAUUAUGUAAACUUAAAUCCCCGUCAUAGCCUUCCUUAUUUUGCUGGACUGGUACUGCAUUGCUUUUGAAUAGUAUUCGUGAGAAUAUUAUGUGAAUGUUUGAACCUGGAAUUUCGUGAGGGAGAAAAACAUUGUAGUCAUUGUAUUUCAUUGAAUUUUAAUAGCCAUGCAAUAAAUGUAAGGAUUUACAGGGAAAUCA